AUGUUGUAUCAAGAGGAAGAAAUGGAUUAUGCAGCUGCUGAUUAUGAGAUGGGUGAAGUAGAAGAUGAUUUGUAUGAUGGUGGUCGAAUAAUGGGAGACACAGAAUCGGACGAGGAGGAUGACGAUGAUCAUGACAGUUUGAGCGAGAUAACUGAUACUUCAGCUGCUGAAGCACGGAAAGGGAAGGAUAUCCAAGGAAUCCCAUGGAAGAAGCUGAGCAUAUCACGGGAUAAGUAUAGGCAGACUAGAAUAGAACAGUAUAAGAACUAUGAGAAUGUACCGCAAUCUGGGGAAGGCUCAGAGAAGCAAUGCAAAGUAACAAAGAAAGGUGGAGUGUAUUAUGAGUUCUGGCAGAACACCAGAUCGGUAAAAUCAACCAUUCUUCAUUUCCAGAAACACCCUGAGAGUUUACUGGAAGGAUUAUCUCAGAAAGGAUUAUCUCAGACUCAAGUAAGUACUAUGUCUGUCCGUGACAAUUUGUUGAUUGCUGGAGGGUUCCAAGGAGAACUUAUUUGCAAGUACCUAGAUAGACCUGGUGUUAGCUUUUGCACGAGGACGACUUAUGAAGAAAAUGCUAUCACAAAUGCAAUCGAGAUCUAUGAUAAUCAAGGUGAACCUCCCAAUAUCCCUGAAGCAGAAAGUCGCAAAAGCUGAAAUGCAAUUUAAAUCUACCCAUAUUCUCCAACUAAUUAGGUUUAUACCACUACCAGUGGCGCUGUUCGUUUCACAGCUUCAUAUAAUGAUUGUGGAGUACGGGAUUUUGACAUGGAGAGAUUUCAGCUUGUGAAGCAUUUCUGUUAUCCAUGGCCUGUAAAUCAUACUUCUCUUAGUCCAGAUACCAAGAUUUUAGCUAUUGUCGGUGACAACCUGAGGGGAUUCUCGUAGAUUCUCAAACCGGGAAGACAAUUGCUACUCUUUCCGGGCAUCUCGACUUCUCUUUCGCCUCUGCAUGGCACCCAAACGGCCACAUCUUUGCUACCGGGAACCAAGACAAGACUUGCCGAGUGUGGGACACAAGAAACCUUUCCAAAUCAGUUUACAUACUCAAAGGGAACCUUGGAGCCAUCCGAUCCAUCCGUUUUUCGUCUGACGGACAGUUUAUGGCUAUGGCUGAGCCUGCAGAUUUCGUCCAUUUGUAUGAAGUUAAGAACGAUUGCGACAAGGAGCAAGAGAUAGACUUUUUUGGCGAAAUAUCUGGAGUCUCUUUCAGUCCUGAUACUGCUUCUCUUUUCAUUGGCGUGUGGGACUGCACGUACGGCAGCCUCCUUCAGUACAAUCGGUGCACGAGCAAUUCGUAUCUGGACUCUAUAGUGUGAAAUGUGAAUCACUAUGAGUGUGUCUAAUAGAUGCAAAUUUAGAAGGUAUCUGAAAAUGGAUAGCAGUGAGUGUGACACUGUGACUUGUGUUGUAACUUGGCCCAACAGUUGUGUUUACUUUGAAUAAUAGUGACAGGUGUCAGCGAAGUGAAUAAUCGAGGCCUUGGCUGCGUGUGACUGAAUUUUUUUUUAUCCGAGCACAAGGCUGAAGUUUUUGUAGAAGUGUACUUGGUGAUGUAUGUGUAUAGUAUGGGAGGAACAAUUUGUAAUGUUAGACUUUUUCUGGGUUUGAGAAGAUACAUUCUGCCUGCUGUCAGUUGGUUUCUAUUGUUUACACUCGAUACAUUGCUCUUCGGAAGUAGGCUCAGACUAACAUUUUCCCCAAGUAGAAUUGGAUUUCUUGUUCUGCAACUUGAUCAGCGUUUUCAUUUCAAGAUAUUGGAUUCAUGACACGUGAUCGCGUAUAAAAAACACGUCGAUUACUUGAAUAUGUAAAUGUGCGACAAUCAUCAUCCUUUGGUAUAUACAAAAACCGAAGUGUGGGCAUGAGAUUUUGUUUCACUCUAAUAGAGCUUCAAUUUGCACAAGAGCUUAGUUUAAAUUCUAAACAGAGUAUAUCCUUACAUAUAUAUGAUCCUGAUACUUUAUCUGUGAGAACAUUGAUUACUGUUUUUGUCCUCGGCCAACGAGCCCUCACCAAUUUGCCAAAUGAUGCUCUCUUCUUCUUCUUGCAGCUGCUGCAUGCAAUCCUCAAACGCGGCCAACAGUUCUCGACUGAAAACCGGAUUCUCCCCACCAUCUCCUUCUUCCAUUCCAGAAUAAACUCUUCCAUUAUAACUCCCAAAUUUAGGAGUCACGUAAGUCUCGGCCGAAUAAAUUUGCCCGUCUUCCACAUCAGCCAGCUGGCCCCCAUUCCUCCCAAUACCUGGGAACUCGAUAGACGGCACAUCGAGUGGCGUGAGCCCCUUAGCCGCGGCCUUCCUCUUCCAACCCGUUUCUCUCGUGCUAUCAACUUGCACAACUCUCUCAACAUCUUCAAAAUUAUUUCCAAGGGGCUCUCGAAUUUGACUUUUAUUGCCAACAACAUCUUCGGGUGAAUUGUAGUCCUCUCCAAAGUGUUGUACGCUCCUUGUUCUGAAUUUCUGAAUCCUCUCGAGCAUGAUAUCGUAUUCCUCCACGGUGUGGAAGCUUCUAGAACCUGUCUGACUCUUGUAUUUGCUGUCGAGCUUGUUUUCGGUUAUCUGGUCAUAGCUUCUUGACCUAGUAAAUGUGCUAGAAUCCCGACACUUGUUGACUUCAGGAUCACGCGCAGAUGGUAGGGUGAAAUUGCUUGUCCUUUGUGUUACUAAGGCAAAGAGCUGAUCCGUGCCACUAUGGGAAGAUAGUAAUUCUUCCCAAGUUACUGCCGAGCUUUGGAAGCCAUGAUUACUUAGUUCAUCUCUAAUGCUCAUCGAUCGUGCAAUCGCCUUCGAGUAUAUGCAUCCCAUUUUUUUAUUGUUUUUGGAGAUUGCUGUUUAACCUUUUUAAGACUUCAAAAAUUGGCAAAGAACCUUGGAAACUAAAUUCCAAGGUUGCUGAGAAUAAUUUCUUUCUUCAAAUCCAAAGAGAAAGCAACUUUCAGCAGGAGGAACUGGGAGUUACUGGUUCAUUUUUCCAAAAACUGGAGAUUAAGGGUAAAAAAAACAUGUCUUCACCUUUUAUAUUUUUCCUCUUUUUUGGGAAUUUAAUAUAAAAUGGUGUCCUGAACUUGAGUCUGCUAUAGUUUUUCCGACUUUUCAGACAGCCAAUUGUCU